AGAAGGACUAGGGUUCUGGUUCCUGGGGAUUCUCUACCACGUCCACGCACGACAGAGAACACGGCUGCUCCGAACGAAAACGAUUAAUAAUUUCCAAAUCUGGUUCGUGAAAAUCGAUACGUCCUACAUGGCCUCUCCAGAAGACAUGUUGCCAGAGAAAAGUAGAUCAAGAAUGGAGCUCUGCACGCGGAUGGUAAAACAACUACUCCUCAAGGAGAUUGAACAGGGCAAUUACAGGAACCUUGUGCUGUCGCGCCAUUGUCGAUUGAUGUUGUUCUUAACAUGGUGGCUGCUGGAUCAAGAGGUCGUACUUUAGAGAAGAUGCUAGGCUUGCUUGGUUCAGAAAACAUUGACGAAAUCAAAUCGCUAUCUUUGGAGAUGAUGGCACUUGCAACAGGUGCUGAUUGCGAGGAUGAAGAUGAACAGGUUUUGUGUUUGGUCAAUGGAUUUGUCGAGAUGAUGGCACUUCCAAAGGGUGAGGAUGAACCGGUUUUGUGUUUGGUCAAUGGAGCUUGGUUUGACCAACGUUUUGCUCCAAAGCCUUCUUAUACAGAGGAUGUACUCAAGGGUAUCUACGGCUGUGAGGUCAAGACAGUUGAUUUUGUGACCCGGGGUGAUGAAGUGGUAGAUGAAAUAAACUUAUGGGCUGAAGCUGCAUCGAGAGGGCUUAUAAAAGAUAUUCUCCAACGGGGCUCCCUAUCUUGAGACGUGGGGCUCAUCCUUGCAAAUAGUCUAUACUUCAAAGGAAAUUGGAAACAUGAUUCAAAAUUUGAUGCUGACCUCACCGAAAAUAGAGCUUUCUAUCUUCUCAAUGGAGACACUGUUUCAAUUCCUUUUAUGACAAGCCAUAAGAGUUAUCGUCCCUGUAGAUCUUUUGAUGGUUUCAAAGUCCUUGAAAUCCCAUACCAAAGCAACCAGAAGCAAUUCUCCAUGUACUUCUUCCUCCCAGACGAGCAAGAUGGAUUGCAAAAUCUUAUAGAAAAGCUCAUUUGCGAUUCUGGGUAUUCGCAUGAGUACUCUUGCCUUAGCGAAAGAGAGCUUGAUGAAUUUUGGAUCCCAAGAUUUAAAUUCCCUUAUGAUUUUGACGUUUCAUUGACCAUGAAGGAGAUGGGGAUGUCAUUCCCUGUCAUGGAAAAUCUGGAAGACUUCUCUGAGAUGGUGGAAAUUCCCAAGGGACUCCCAUUUAUUAGAUGAAGUAUGAUUCAAAAGGCUUUUAUUGAGGUAGACGAGAAAGGCACAGUGGCUUCAGCAAUUACUUUGUAUCCUAAAGUAUCAUUAUCCAUGGAACGGCCAGAAAUCACAAGUUUCGUUGCCGAUCAUCCUUUCAUGUUCAUGAUUAUGGAAUGGAUAUCAAAGUUGGUUAUUUUCACAGGAGCUGUACUUGAUCCAAGCAAAGUCAAUUGACUUGUUUCCUUCCUUCAGUCUUUCAAGUGUCUAGAUAAAAUUUUAUAUAUUGUGAUUUGGAUUCGGAUUAUCUUUGAAUAUCUUGAAAUUUUAGAUUGGUUGACAAACAGCUUGAACAUUAAUUGGUUUUUAGUAGUGUUGGAAGAUAAUGGAAGGUAAGAUGAUGAGA